GUGGGCCAUGUUGAGAAGCAGCAGAACUUGGCCAGCAUCCUCCAGUUACAGAGGACGGCUAAACGCCUGGACGAGCUAUCAAUGGGAACCGGCCCGCCUCCACCUGCCAACAUUCAGCAGCAGCACGAUGAGCAAUUGCAGCUCCGUGGGAAGGUCGAGGAAAUCGUGAGGGUGCUUGGUGAAGCCUAUCCUCAGCUCGAAAAUUUGUGGACUGCCUUCCACACAUGGAUGGAAGUCCCAAGCUGA